CCAAGGGGCCAAGGGAUGAGCUGGGGCCCUCCUUCCCAAUGGCAUCUCCCCCUGGUCUGGAACUGAAGACACUGAGCAAUGGUCCUUAAGCCCCAAGGAGAUCAGCUCCCCUGGGCCCGGUGGCCCCAUCCAGGGAGGGUGUGGAGAAUGCCUGCUUCUCCUCAGAGGAGCACGAGACCCAUUUCCAGAACCCUGGGAACACGAGACUGGGCAGCUCACCCAGUCCCUCUGGGGGUGUCUCCUCACUGCCCCGAUCCCAGCGGGAUGAUCUGUCCCUGCAUUCAGAGGAGGGGCCAGGCCUGGAGCCCGUGAGUCGCCCGGUGGAUUAUGGCUUUGUUUCCACCCUCGUUUUCCUGGUGAGUGGGAUUCUCUUGGUGGUGACAGCAUACGCCAUCCCCCGUGAGGCUCGAGUCAAUCCGGACACAGUGACAGCGCGGGAGAUGGAACGACUAGAAAUGUACUACGCCCGCCUAGGCUCCCACUUGGACAAGUGCAUCAUCGCAGGCCUGGGGCUGCUCACGGUGGGCGGCAUGCUCUUGUUGGUGCUGCUCAUGGUCUCCCUGUGCAAGGGCGAGCUGUACCGCCGGAGGACCUUCGUCCCCGGCAGGGGCUCCAGGAAGACCUAUGGCUCCAUUAACCUGCGCAUGAGACAGCUCAAUGGGGAUGGGGGCCAGGCCCUGGUGGAGAAUGAAGUUGUCCAGGUCUCAGAGACUAGCCACACCCUCCAGAGGUCUUAAGUACUCCCACCUUAUCUGGCUGCUUUAGCUCCAGUGCCACAAGAUCCCCCCACACCCGCCCCCCCGCCAAGGCCUGGGGUUUCAAACUGAGCUCACAUAGGGGCUUGUGGAAGAAGUACUGGGUACUGGAAGGAGAGCUCGGGGCCGAGCCCAUGCCCCACAUGGGCAAGCAGCCCCCUGGUCUGUUUUGUAGCUGAGGUUUUGCAUACGGUUUUGUUUGGAGGAUGGCUUCUGCUGCUAAAAAUAUAAAAGUUUGGAAACCGCUG